AAAUCAAAAAAUUCAUGUGAGAUGAGUAGUUACUCGAGGAUAAAUUUGUAAUAACUAGUUAGUUAUCCAAGGUUAGUUGGAUCAAUUACCGAGAUAUGACAAUUGGAGUAGAAAACAGUAAACAAACAACAUAUAUUUGAAUUAACUUGCAAAUGAUUUGAACAUUUUUGACACUUGUAUAAUUUAAUCAUUCAAUUCAAAACAAGUAGGAUAUGUUAUGUUCAAGAUAUGAUUUUUUUUAAUUAGAAGUUAUCUCGUUCAAUGUAUUACAUUUGCAAUGUACAGUGUAAACUAAACAAAGAAAGCCAUUUCAAAUUGAGAGUGGACGUAUAAGUUAUAUCAUACCGGAUUUAUACAAGCAAGUAUGGACGAUGGAUUACGUUUGAAAGACAAGGUUGUGAUAGUCACUGGAGGUUGUAGCGGAAUUGGAAAAGGGGUAGUAGAUAUAUUCAUUGAGAAUGGAGGAACAGUGGUUGUGUUUGAUAUUAAUGAUGAAAUUGGCAACUCUCUCAGCGUUCAAGGACCUGGAAAGAUAUUAUACAAACAUUGUGACGUCACUAAAGAAGACGAAAUAAAGAAAUGUAUUGCCGAAACAAUUGAGGCUUUUGACAGAAUUGAUUGUGUCAUCAACGACGUUGGCUACUUUCCAGGAGGCCAUAUUAUCAAUGACGUCACUUCCGAUUUGUUCAGGCGUGUUCUAGAUGUUAACUUAGUCAGUCAGUUCACGAUGUGUAAGUACGCACUACCAUACAUACGGCAAACCAAGGGAAGCAUUGUCAACAUGUCAAGUAUAAGUGGUGUUAUUGGCACGGCGGCGAGCUUUACUUACAGUGCCGCAAAAGGCGGAGUUAUAUCUUUCACAAAAGCGCUUGCAAUUGACGAGGCAAAAAAUGGAGUUCGCGUUAAUGCAAUAGCCCCAGGGGCAGUCAGUACACCAAUGCUCAACGACUUUCUGGAAAAAUCCGGUAAAUUUGACGAAGCUGCCAGUGUUGUCAAAGGUUAUAAUCAUUUGAAAAGAAUAGCAGAUCCCAAAGAAAUUGGUAAGGCGUGUUUGUUCCUGGCUGUGGAUGCAACUUUUACAACUGGUGAAGUGCUCAUGUGUUCCGCCGGAAAUGAAAUAGGUUACGGAGUGAAAUAGACGAACAGUGUAAUCAGACUUGUUAAUUUUAUGUUUAGCGCUGUCGCAUUUGUGAAAUAUGUGCAUUAGUUGGAAAUGAUGUAUUUGUUUCAUUUAUUCACAUAAACACAAAUAGAAGUCGUUUUUGCAA